CGAGGACCGAAUGGAUAAGAGAAAGUCUCUUCUGCUAGUGCUAAAGCAGAAGCUCCUCUUUAGACAUAUUUUCCGGACAGACAACAUUACACUACGGAUCCAACUACCUCAGACAAAUUCACUUCUUCACUCGAAAGAUUGAUGAUGAUGAUAAGAUUGACAUCACCAACUUUCGUCCCGUCUGCAGCUUGCCAGACCCAACAACAACGCUUGCGUCACAACAGCAGCAGCAGCAGAAUAAAGCCUGCGAACCAGCAGCAGCAGCUCAAGGAUGGUAAGAGGAAGGUCGGGAGAAGAACAGCAGUACUAUUACUGUGUGCAACAGUGACGUCUUUGGUAACGCAGAAGAAGCAAGAAGCAAGUGGGUCGGGCAUGGACUGGGAGCAGAUGUUGAAGUCUUCGGGCCCUUCGGCGCCAACGCUGGAAGAGGCCGUCACUGGGAUCAGAGGCCACGCCCGGUCGCUGCUGGAAGUGAAAGGGUUGCUGUUGGAACAGGACUCGUGGAGUGAAGCUCAGAGGCUGCUCAGAAAGAGCUCCUCAAACCUCAAGAUCGACCUGUCCUCCAUCAUCCAGAGCAAGCCUCCUGCUCUCCGCCCGCGCCUCAGGGCACUCUACUCGGCACUCUUCACCACCGUCAGCAGACUAGACUACGCAGCCAGGGAGAGAGAUGUCGCCUUGGUUUGGCAGUUGUAUGAGAGGAUGGCUGUGGCCCUUGAGGAGGUUUUGUCCGCAAUCUGAUGAGCGAGGUCGAGGUUUACCAACAACAACGUCGUCGCUACCACUGUAUAUGCAAAGUUAUCAAACGCAUUAUUUAUUCCUACCCUUUUAUUAAGAAAAGUUACCCAAUGCGGAUUUCAAAAGAUAUAGCCUGUCUAUCCAGAACAACACAACUUUCCUUUGCUUGGAUGCCAAGAAAGGAAAGAUCACGUGCCCAGAGAACAAACAAU